AUAUUAGACUUGACAUUAUUGGCCUAUAAAAGGUGUUAGUCAGGUUGAUAGUAAUACCAUUCAAAGUAACAAAUCAAAGAGUCUAUCAACAAGAUACCCAAAACAUGAAAUCUAUCUUAGUCUUAGCUAUCCUCUUUCUCUUUUCUCUUCUCUUGUUUGUCAACCCCAACGAUGCUAGAAAAGACACAGGAGACUACUGGAAAAGCAUAAUGAAAGACCAACCUAUCCCGGAGGCAAUCAAAGAACUUUUUCAUCAAGAUCCACCAUAUCUCUUUGAUGCAACAAAGAAGGACCAUUUUGUUCUGGAUUUUGACGCUAGGCCUAAUGCUAUUAUAUAUCAUGCCAAAGAAGAGAAGCCUGAUGUCAAGGACUUUGCACCAAAUUACCAUGGUUCGGAGCUGAAAGAAGAGUAGUUCUUUGUUGAACAUAUCAAGCAGGGUUGAAGCUUCUAAUGCAUAUAUAUACAUAUAUAUAUAUAUAUAUGAUCGUGAUUCUACUGUGUGUCAUCUAAUUAGACGAAGUAUGUAGCUGAAGUCUCAUGUUUGUACAAUUUCAUUUAGUGUUUGGUUAGUGAUUAAUUGAAGCUUGUUUUGGAGGAGAAUGACUGGUUUAUAAAUCUUGUUCUUUGUUUAAA